AUGAUCAGUCAAGAAAUAUUGACAACAGAACAGACAUUCGUACAAAGACUUCCGGUCUCUAUGUAUCAAGUAAAUCAUCACAGAAAGUUCUGAUCGUGUUCCUUAUUGUCUUGCUAUCUAUCCCUACUUAUUACUCUUUCAUGUUCUCCACAUGUUAAGCAACAAUUGUUGAUUGAUUCUGAAUGGGGAAUAAGUUGGGACGAAAGGGACAUCUUGUGGACGAGAAGUACACCCGGCCUCAAGGGUUGUAUGAACACAAAGAUGUUGAUCACAAGAAACUUCGUAAACUAAUACUUGAAUCUAAGCUAGCUCCUUGUUAUCCUGGUGCCGACGAUGACUGUAGUUUUGAUCUUGAUGAGUGCCCGAUUUGCUUCUUGUAUUAUCCAAGUCUGAAUCGUUCAAGAUGCUGCAUGAAAGGCAUUUGUACAGAAUGUUUUCUGCAGAUGAAGCCUGAUUCAACAAUUCUGUCACAAUGUCCCUUUUGUAAGACCUUUAAUUAUGCUGUGGAGUAUAGAGGGGUGAAGACUAAGGAGGAAAAGGGGUUGGAGCAAAUUGAAGAACAACGGGUGAUCGAUGCGAAAAUAAGAAUGAGGCUGCAAGAAAUUCAAGAUGAAGAAGAAAGGAUGCAAAGGAGACAAGAUAUGAGUUCUUCAAGUGGAAUUAUUGUUGGUGAGGAAAUUGUUUCUACUCAACCGCUAGGUGGUUCUGUAGUUACAAAUCCUUCAGGCACUUGGCAGAACAGAAAUGAUGAAUUUGAUCUUGAGAACAUAAUGCUUAUGGAAGCCAUCUGGCUCUCCUUUCAGGAGGACAUCAAACACCACUAUAACUAUGGUGAUGCAGCACAACUAGCAAGAUAUGCAUCAGAAGUUCAUGUUUCAGCAGCUGUAGCCCCGCAGACUGAAUCAACGUCAUCCCCAUUGCCUUUUGGUGGCCUAGCAUGUAUAAUGGCAACCCUUGAUCAACACCAAGCAGGGGUAGAAUCGUCAACUUACCAAAGGAGUAUGUCAAUGUGCAACACGCGAUAUGAAGAUUCGGUCACAAUAGAUGAAACGGACAUGAUUGAUGGGAGUUUUGAAGAGCAGAUGAUGGUAGCCAUGGCUGUUUCACUAUCUGAAGCUUUGCAAUAAUGCAUCUUUUUCUCCAUGUGAAUUAGAAAAGAUGAUUUCAGUGAAUGUAAAAAAUUGUUUGCUAUUAGUAGUAAUUGCAGGAUCCAGCCCUUGGUGGGUCUGAUCAAUAUGCAUAAAUAAUUAUCAGAAUUUGUACAAUCAAAUUUUGUUCUAAAAUAUGCAUCUUGAAGAUUGUUUAUC